AUGCCCGGACACCAACACCUCGGCGACCCUGCGCUCACGCAGAACCAGGGCAACCUGCUGGGCGACCGUCCCUGCGUGCGCCAGAGCCGUCUCUACCGCGAGCACGUUGGCGGCAACACCAUGAAGGAGCUCAUGGGGCAGGACGGGCUGAAGUGGGACACCACCCGCACGCAGGGCGUCUACGCCGGCGGGAGGGCCUUUGACCACAACGACAAGCCCCGGGCGGAGGGCGCCCCUGCGGAUGUCACCACCACCAGCAGCAGCGGCACCAACAACGACAACAACGGCAAGCGCGACGGCGAGCCCCGCAACGGCGCGGGGGAGGAGGCGGUGAUUGCGAUGGGGACGGAGGAAAAGCAGACGUGCCCCGCACAGUCGCUCAUGCCGCCGCCCACGCGGUCGGCCACGCCGCCGCCGCCGCCGGAACCGCAGCAGCAACGGCAGCCGGCACCGGGCGGGGCGCCUGUCGCCGGCCGUGCGUUCCGCCCGGGUGCGGGCUACGCCAACCGUCAGACGUACAACCUCUUCACCGGCGAGUGA